GGAGAUCCGCACACGCUCCAACCCCUCCGCCAUCUUCGCGGCGGCUGCUACAGCUGCGGCGACUCGGCCACCGCCGCGCGCAGCCAGGAAACCACGACGGACGGGCGGCGCGCGCUCACCCACUCCCACCCUUUUCCCCGCCCCCCUCCUGCCUGCCCUCCCCAAACGACGGUGGCCGCACUGGGAGCAAAAGCAUUCAGCACGUUCAACUAGGGCCUUGCCGGAGCGGGCGAAUCGGCCGCGGAGACGGCGUGUGCGCGUGCGCAGAGGUGUAAAGCUAGGACGGUCCGCCGAGGCUCGGAGGUGGAGGCGCAGCGCUCUGGAGGCGAGUAUUUCCUAAAUGACCUUACACCCUUUGCCACACUGGUCCUGGGCCAAGAUGGGCCAAUCAAAGUCCUUACCCAGAAUUUUUUGAACUGAAAUUGAGAGAGAAUCCCUCUUCAGUAUGGAAGCCAUAAAAUGUAAAACACAGGAGCUGUCAGCAGCCAUGUGUCCUGCAGUACGGAGCCAGCUGGUCUGCUGUGAGAAGGAAGCCGCCGUGCCAGAGGCAGCAGAGAACCAUGUGUGCUCAGUACUGCAUCUCCUUUGCUGAUGUUGAAAAAGCUCAUAUCAACAUUCAAGACUCUAUCCACCUCACCCCAGUGCUAACAAGCUCCAUUUUGAAUCAAAUAGCAGGGCGCAAUCUUUUCUUCAAAUGUGAGCUCUUCCAGAAAACUGGGUCUUUUAAGAUUCGAGGUGCCCUUAAUGCCAUCAGAGGCUUAAUUCCUGACACGCCAGAAGAGAAGCCCAAAGCCGUAGUUACUCACAGCAGCGGAAACCAUGGCCAAGCUCUCACCUAUGCUGCUAAACUGGAAGGAAUUCCUGCUUACAUUGUGGUUCCCCAAACAGCUCCCAACUGCAAGAAACUGGCAAUCCAAGCCUAUGGAGCAUCGAUAGUAUACUGUGACCCAAGUGACGAGUCCAGAGAAAAGGUCACUCAAAGAAUUAUGCAAGAAACAGAAGGCAUCUUGGUCCAUCCCAACCAGGAGCCUGCAGUGAUAGCUGGACAAGGAACAAUUGCCCUGGAAGUGCUGAACCAGGUUCCCUUGGUAGAUGCACUGGUGGUACCAGUAGGAGGAGGAGGAAUGGUUGCUGGAAUAGCCAUUACAAUUAAGGCCCUGAAACCUAGUGUGAAGGUAUACGCUGCUGAGCCCUCGAAUGCAGAUGACUGCUACCAGUCUAAACUGAAAGGAGAACUGACCCCCAAUCUUCAUCCUCCAGAAACCAUAGCAGAUGGUGUCAAAUCCAGCAUUGGCUUGAAUACCUGGCCUAUUAUAAGAGACCUUGUGGAUGAUGUCUUCACUGUCACCGAAGAUGAAAUCAAGUAUGCAACCCAGCUGGUGUGGGGGAGAAUGAAACUGCUCAUUGAGCCGACUGCUGGCGUGGCACUGGCUGCAGUGCUGUCUCAGCAUUUCCAAACAGUCUCUCCAGAAGUAAAGAACGUCUGCAUUGUACUCAGUGGGGGGAAUGUAGACCUAACCUCCCUGAACUGGGUGGGGCAGGCUGAACGGCCAGCUCCUUACCAGACGGUUUCUGUUUAAAUUCAGGCAAGAUUGUCUCUAGAUGAAAAUUUUGUUUCCAUCUUCCCUUUAAAAAUUAUGUUCAAAAUCCUAAUGAAGAAAGUGUAAGUAAUCAUGUAAAUUCUGUACUUAGCAGAGACAUGGACAACUGAAAUACAGAGCACAAGCUGCCUGGUCACAACCCAGACUCCAACACUGGAGUUUUGGUUGGUUGCAGUAGAGACAGAACCCAACUGAGUCUCUUACUCCAUGUCUACUUCAGACACUGUUGAAGAGAUGUCACUUUUAACCCAAGGUACUGGCUCUGGUACAUAUGGGUCAUAAGUCCACUUGGGAAAUACUCGCUUAUAGAGAUUCAUUAAUACUGUGUCCUGAGAUUUCAGCUUCCCAUCAAAACUGCACUUCAUAUGGCCAUGGGUACCUAAAAGUUAAACAGAUAAUUGGUCAAAAUAAAGUGGACACGUCCAAGCAGUGAACUUACAGCCCACAGUCUCCGAUAGCCAACCCCUGGGAAUCCCAGGCUCUUACCUAGAGGCUCUUUGAUAUGUCCCCGGCGGCCCCACUUGGUUCUCAGUUCCACAGGCUUAAACCACAUCACAUCCUCUUAGAAUGGAAAAACAAAGUCAAACAUUUGCCCACACAGCCGCAAGGCCAUCUUCCCACCACUCUCCUUCUCACACCUACCUCUGUUGAAGAACAUGUACCGCACUACUGCCAUCUUGGUAAAUAUUUUAAAAGGAUGACCACUUAGAACCACUCUCUUUAUGACCAUCCUGUCUGGGUCCACUGAAAACAGAUGGCCUGUAGCGAUGAGGCUGUGCAUUCCUGAGAAAGAGAGCACUGUCAAUCUAAGGCCAAGUCCGUAGCUCUAGUCUACUUUAAGGGCCCAUCCAUCCACUACUAUGCUACUUUCCCGAGGCAAAGGAAGACCACUAAAAGACAUUUAUAAUGAGCCAGUCCCUCACACCCACCUUACAUAUAUUGAAUAUAUUGAUUAGUGUGUACUUAAGUAUGCCAACAGGUAACAACUGAUGUAUCACUCUGGGCUUACACCCUCAAUGAGGCUAAAACUGGUAUUUAAAACAAACAAAACACCAGUAUUCCUUAAUACAGCAAGACCCCAUGCCUAAGUACAGAAGAGUUAUGGUGCUAGUGGGUACUUGUAUGUUCGGUAUUUACAUCCCAAAUCCAACAUACCAUUUCUUCUCUGCUUGAAAAGCAGCACAGAUGCAGGAGGGAACGUGAUUGGCGCAAACACUGUCACCACGAAGGCAGCAUCAGCAGUCAGGAAUCUUUGAAAUUUAUGUUUAUCAGCUUCCAUAAUAAGGGUGCAAAAUAAGUAAAUAGAAAAGCAAAAGGCCUUGUGAGAUACCAUAAGCAAUGCAAGUGUCAAAAGCUGUACUGCUGCAACAUGUGGCCCCACCCUUUAAACUUUCAGCAAUGGAGAUGAAACCCAGGGCUGUGUCCACACUAAGUGCUCUGCCAUAGACCCACAGCAUAUCCUCAGUGUUUGUAUUUUUAUUAAUGUGUAUGCAUCUGAAUGCAGGUGCCUCUCUCCACAUUGACAAUGUGGAUGCUGGGAAUCCAACCUGGGUCCUCUACAGGCUCCUGUCUGCUUAGUUUUGAGAGGAGCUCAGUACUGCAUGCUGGCCUUGAAGUUGCUGUGUACCUUCUGCCAUCAAGGGCUAAAGUUCCCAGUUCAUUUUUGGUUUCUCUAUACUACUAACUCUCGGGCUUUUUCCGUGUCAGUGAACAUGGCUGUGAGAUGACUGCUUCUGUGCUGGGUGUAGGAGAGUAAGCUAGUAGGGAAACUGUUCACCUUACUUUCUCAAAACAAUAAAAAGCCUUGUAAUACAUCUCAUUUAUUUGGGGGUGUGGGGGCAUAUAUGCAUAGAAGUCAGAGGACAGUUCUCUGCUCCACCAUGGGGGUCAGGGCACUCGCUGACUGUAGGUCCUCAGGUUCAGCAACUAGUCCAUGUUACUUUAUAUUUCACUCACUCAGGUAUGUCAGUGUGCCUCUGUAACAAAGUUGCCAGCUGGGCAUGGUAGUGUACCCCCCCCCCUCCACCUCAAUACCCCAAGCAUUCUGAAGGUCAAGGCCAGCUUGGGCAACAUAUUAAGACCUAGUCUCUCAAUUACCAAAUAAAAUAAAAAUAGAAAGUAAAACAAGACAGCUACACACAAGUUACUUAAACAAGCAAGUAAUAACAGUAACACUAAGAGGGGAAGGUGGGAGGACCCAGCUCAGUGCAACAAGAUACGCCAUCUCUUCAAUAAAACUUUUGUUUACAAACACACGAUGGUAAGAGAAUGUACCCAGAGCACCAGUGAAGCUGUCACCAUCUUGUCUCCUGUCACUGAAAGGCAAAAGCCCCAAGUGAGCAGGCAACACAUAUUCCUACUCCUGAAGCUACACUGGGAUUUAAUACCUACUCUGGAACAAUACUCAUAGCAGAGAAGCCUCAGUACAACAUUUUGCAUCACUGGGAUGCUUCAGACAGGUUCAGACAUUUUGAAUAAAAACAUUAUUGGCUCCUAAGUCAGAGUACUCAAAAUAUUUCUAAUCUCAGAGACUUUCGACCACAAAGAAGAGGUGGCAAGGCUCCAGCAGCUGUCUGUGCUUACCUGCUGUGUGCUGAGAGAACAAAGGCGAAGCUCGGAAGCGCCUGAACCCACAGUGGAAGAUCAAUUCUUCUUUCGCCUUCACAGGUUCCGUGUUGCCAGGGUUCCGGCUCACCACCAUGUUCAAUACAGACAUCUGAGGACCAAACAAGAAAAAACUUCACAGUCUAGGCAUACAACAGCCUAACCUGAAAGGCAAAGCAAGCCAACAUCAGUCACUCUAAGAACUGACCAUGCUACUAACAAGUCCUUUGUAUCCACCAACUGACAUCAUGGUGAUUUAGGCCUCAUCGGUGCUUCCGUGCACAUGUGUCAGCACUGUUCCAUAGUAAUAUUAAAGAGCCACCUCACCACCACAUACCCUCCCAGCCACAACCAUUCAAGCUUCUUCAACCUUUAUGCCAGCCUUCCCACUCCCAGUAUACAUGACUAUAGGCUACCUAGAGAAGAGAUCUAUACAUGGGCAUAGACAUUUACAACUGCUAACCCCCAUUUUGAUCUGAAAAACACAUUUAGAGAAGUCUCAGAACCACAUAGACUACAUCAAAAAGAUGCUUCAGACAGGUUCAGACAUCUUGGGCAUGACCAUCAUUGACUUCUCUAUCUUAAUUCCUCAAUCAAAAAGGUAGGCUCUCAUCCCAAUGAGCAAAGUGUUGUACACUUGGGAAAGGUAUUUGUACCUCUCCAUUUCCCAUAAAACACUGAUUUACCUUCUGUUCAUAAGGUAGCAAAGAAAAUGCAAUCAAGGGCGCUCCUUGCCUGAAAUACUCAACCACUGAGACAGGGACAUCAGAAACAUGGAGUGUGACAUACCAGCCCACCUGCCAGGAGAAAGCACAAUAGUCACAGGGUGCCGAUAAUGAUGAAACCUUUCUCCAGGUAUGUGCUAAGCCUCAUCUCUCAAGACUGACACUCAUAGACGCAUCAACCACCCAGAUUCAACCUCGGCUACUCAUCUCUGACUGCUCCAUACUCCCAAACAAGCAGCAUGAUACCAAACAAGAACAACUUAGAAGGUGGGCAGAAGGCAGGUACCUCAGCUCCUUCAGCUUCUUUUUCCUCAAUCUCUUUAAAAAUUCUUUUUCUAGUAUUAACAAAAUUCUGAAACUGAAAUAUCCGAGCAUAAUCUCUAGGAAGGUUUUCUUUAGGAUCCCAAGGAGAUGUCCGGAAACUCUUGAGGCCUCUAUAUUUCUGAAAUCUAGAACGGAAGUUUUAAAGAAAGCAAGAGGUUUAGUACUACAUAAAACUCACCUCACUUGUAAAAUGGUUAGUUAAGGCUCUAGGUUUUUCAAAGUACUCUUACUAGGGAUGUAACUCACUGGUAUAAUGCUUAUCUAGUAUGCACGUGGGCCCAGGGUUCAAUCCCCAGCAUAGCACAACUAAGCACUGGGGAUGCCGGGGCAGGAUCAUGGUUCCACAUCAGCCUAAACUGUCUCAAGAAACUAAGGCACCAAAAUGGUCUAAUAGGCUAGAACUGGGCAUGGAAAGGCACACCUACAUUCUCAGCUCUUGAAACAUAGUGGCAAAGGAUCAAGGCUGGCCUGGUCUGCAUGAGAGCCUAUCCUUCACACAAUCUCCAGACUAAUAGCUUUAGCAAAAACCAUGUUCUACAACAGCUUCUAACAAGUAUUUCAGAAUCAACCCAGGCUUUUCAAAGGUGACAAGUACUUACAAGUACCUGUCAGGAAUAUGGCUCUUCAACCUGCCUUACAUUAGAGCCUUACAUUUUCUUGCUUUUACAAGCUUUCUUUCAAAAUAUACACUCUUACUUUCCAAAAGAAUUUUUUCUGCGCAUUUACUCCCACAAGGAUUAUCUGCUAAUUAACCUUCAUGUCUCUCUUUCUAGGGCCCUCUGAACAAUUCUAAACCUUGAUAGUAUGUUGCUACUUCUCAUAUAGCAUGUUAGUCCUUCCUUCAAGGACAAGAACAGUGUUUUUCUCUAUUUGCUUUCUGCUCACAGACUUCUGUUAUUGGUUUUAAAUAAAACUUGUUUGAAAUCA